CACCCUCUGGCAAGGAGUUCCGCAGGUGGACUGUACAUUGUGUGAAGAAAUACAUCUGCUACUGUACCACCUGUGAACUUUGUAUCCCUUGAGUUCUGGAUGUUUAAAGGUUAAGUGCCAAACACCAAAAUGAGUGUGACUUCGUGGUUCCUGGUGAGCAGCACUGGCAUUCGCCACCGGCUCCCUCGGGAGAUGAUAUUUGUUGGCAGAGAUGAAUGUGAACUAAUGCUCCAGUCCCGCAGUGUGGAUAAGCAGCAUGCUGUAAUCAACUAUGACAAGGACAAAGAUGAGCACAGGGUGAAGGAUCUGGGGAGCUUAAAUGGGACUUUUGUGAACGAUGUCCGGAUUCCUGACCAGAAGUACAUCACACUAAAGCUGAACGACGUGAUUCGCUUUGGCUACGAUUCUAACAUGUAUGUCUUGGAACAAAUUCAACACAAAGUACCAGAGGAAGCAUUAAAGCAUGAAAAGUACACUAGCCAACUUCAGAUGAGUUUCAAGGGCGCUGUGAUGAAAAGGGUGGAGCAGAAUAUGGAACAUGGUGGUUAUGCUGAAUCCCCGCAAGCAAAACUGGACAGGAAGGCAAUCUCAGAGACAACUACUUAUCGCACUCCUCUUUAUGGUCAGCCUUCAUGGUGGGGAGAAGAUGAUGCAAAUAACAAACUAGAAAGGCAGGAGGACAGAAGGCAAGAAGAUUAUUCAGAAAGAACGAAGGAGAUAUCACAGCAUGAAGGAGAGAUCAAUGGCAACCUUCCUGCUUAUAGAGAUUCCCAGGAACAAUCAGUGUAUGCAUUCAGAAGAGAACCCAGUUAUUUUGAAAUCCCAACUAAAGAAUUCCAACAGCUAGCAAAAUCACCUGAAACGCAGGUCCAUGAAAUCCCAACGAAGGACGUUGAUGCGGUGGUACCCCCCGUUGUGCAAAGCCAUGCCUCUUUUACCAUUGAAUUUGAUGACUGUACCCCUGGUAAAAUAAAGAUAAAAGAUCAUGUAACUAAGUUCUCAUUGAGACAGAGAAGACCCUUCGGUAAGGACGUGGGUCACACAGAGAUGAUGUCAGCAGAGAGCAAGGUGGCUGAUUGGCUGGUUCAGAACGAUCCAAGUUUGAUGAGAAGGCAGUCUCCGGUAGACGAUGUGUAUAGUACAAAGAGCGAUCUGCCAGUUCAUGUGAGGACGCUGAAAGGUCACAGACAUGAAGAUGGGACGCAGAGCGACUCUGAAGACCCUGUUGCACCCAAAGCAGAAAAGGAGACCCCUGCCAGCGACCAUGCCUCUGAGCAAGCCAAGCUUCAGCGCCAGAUCAGGAGGGACCCUCAUGAAAUGCUGCAUAACCAGCAGGCCUUUGUCAUUGAGUUCUUUGACGAUGACACGCCUCGUAAAAAGCGGUCGCAGUCUUUCACACACAGCGCGCACUCCUCCCAGAGCGACACAGAUCCCGUCCCAAAAGCCAAGGUGGAAAAGCGCAAAGCCACCAUGCCCGCUGAGAAGCUCGGUAGCCCAGUGCCACCUGCUCAUCCACCUGCCCCGGCUGGCAAGUCAGCCAGCUCCUCAUCAGGGACACAGAGAGCUGGAUCCUUUAAGAGAGAGAAGACAGAGGAUCGGAUCAACGCUUCAUCCUCCUCUGCUUCUAGGGCCUCUGCGAAGAACUACGGCAGCGUGGGGAGGAAAUCUAAAAUUGCUCAGGAUUUUGCUGCUGAGUAUCUAAGGGAAACCUCUCCAGCAGGCAAGCCAAGCACUGAGAAGCCAGCACCUAUGCAGAUGCCAGUGGCUCCCCGGGUAGUCAUAUCGUCUGCCCCAGACUCUGCUGCCACCCCACCUACCAACCCAAAAUUGGCCAAAGCUCGGAAGCACGACGAGGAGGACAGCUUAAGUGAAACGGGAACUUACACCAUUGAGACCGAGUCACAAGAUAAAGAAGUAGAAGAAGCUCGGAAAAUGAUAGAUCAGGUUUUCGGAGUUUUUGAAUCUCCAGAGUUUUCCAGAAUAUCUUCUGCCUUCAGGCCUAUUAUAAAAGGAGAAAAAGAAGAAUCAAGCUCUCCCCAGCAUCUAAUCAGUGAAAAUGGCACCAGUCAGAAGACACUUCUGCUCCAGGCAUUCCCUUCCAAACCCACUGGUGGGAGCCAGGCAGAGAUGCAGGUACCUCCAGCAUCGCAAGGUGGUCAGAAAUGGGUCUCUAGGUGGGCAAGUCUUGCUGACAGCUACACAGACUCAGGACUUUGUGAUGUUCAGCAUCAGGAAUUAGUAUCUGAGGGCCAUACAGAAAGCGGCACAGCUCAUAAACCAGCAGAAUCAGAGACCAUUGUGUCCUCAAGAACAAGAAGGCUUCUUCCCCAGCUCCCGCCAAGUGAUAAAUCUGACAGUCCAACUCCCACAGUUUUAAUUUGUCAAGACUCCUAUCCUGAAGUACCCAAGAGAAACAUUGCAAAGGAACAGAGGCUAGAAGCCUAUGCUGAUCCCAGCACCCGACUCUUCAUCCAAGAGGACUUGGAUCCUGAUAGCCUGAGUGAUGCCAGCAGGUCCGACGAUGGCUUUGGUUUGGAAAAAGGCAAGAAAUACAAAGAAAAUAGUAGAAUGCCUGCACAAGAGUGCAGAAGGGGGGAAGGCUUAAAACCUGAGGGCCGACAGCCAGCAGUUCUCGGGGUUUCAAGUAUCCCAGCUGUGAAUGAGCCAGCAUCUACUGCCUUCUACAUUGGAGAUGAAAGUAAUGAGGUCGGGGUUCCCUCCAAGCUUUCUCUAAGCACGUCUCAUUCUCGAGCAGACACAGAAUGCAAGGACCAAGAGUUUCCUUUCAAGUCAUCCAGUGCAGCUGCUUCUGGAAAGCCAGUGGUGAAAGAUGUUAACAGCACUUACAGUAGCCCAUCGGGAAAAAUGAUGAUUUCCCUUCAUCAGAGUCUUCCUCAAGAGCAAGAAAACAUAGCCACGAAAGAGGCAUCCUCCUUCAUUAGGCAGGAGAGUUUUACCAAAGAUAAAUCUAGUGGCAUUGUUCCUCUGAAUAAACUGCCUCAUAUUUCAAGUCACCCUCUGCUUAAAGAUUUAGAUGCUGCCCGGUCAAGCCGUAUGGACUAUAAUCAGGACACCCAUCUUAUCCUGAAAGACACGGAAACUGCUUUGGCAGCGUUGGAAGCCAAAAUACUCUGUCAAAACCACCAGGUGGACCCUUCAGAACCUAUUCCUGGGCAGCUGGAAGACUCCUUAUCUGGGGACUCUGAUGUGGACACAGCAAGCACAGUCAGCUUGGUUAGUGGUAAAAAUGUCCCGAACAGCACACCGAAAGGCAAAGUAAUGAGCAGCUUGCAGAAAGAGAAAUCCUCUUCUACUCCUUCUAUCCAGGACCAGUGUAGCCAGCCCAGUGCUCGCGAAAGACUGUCAGAAAAACGCAGGAUGCUCCCACUCGAGGCAGGAAACAAAGGAGAAACCACCAAACGUUUCCAAAUCAAGCGUAGCACUGGGGCUCGUGGGUCGCUGGAAUUUAUAGAUGAUGAAAGAGGCUCUAAUCUUCCUUACUUCCCGGUAAUCGAAACAGCUUCUUCUGAUCAUGAGCAUUCUGUAUCAAAGCCCGCCCCCAGAAGGAAACCUUUUACUUCGGUUCCCGUCCCCAGAAGGAAACCUUUUACUUCAGUUGUGAAAGAGGAGCACAGCAAAGUGACUUCAAAUGUGCAAAAGAUUCAGCAGGUUCUCACCAGGUCCAACAGUUUAUCGACUCCCAGGCCCACUAGGGCCUCAAAACUCCGUCGUGCCCGGUUGGGAGAUGCAUCGGAUAAUGAAUGUGCCGACACUGAGAAAACAGCCUCCAACCUCGACGCCACGACUUCAUCUUCGAAACAAUCCACGGAGUCUAAAAAACUGUCCAGGCUUGACAUCCUUGCCAUGCCAAGGAAACGAGCGGGUUCGUUCACAGUGCCAAGCGACUCUGAAACGACACAGUCAAGAACUGUGUUUUCAGGGCGCAGUGUGGAGUCAUAUUACGCAAACCGGAAGCCACUUGUGUCAGAGGCUAGAACUGCAGCUAGAAAAAGUGCAGCCUCUGCUACUACCAAGCAACCUUUCAGCAGAACGCGUUCUAGCAGUGUCAGGUAUUCAUCCACUUCCACCACCCAGACGCCGAGGGCACACAGUUCUGGGCUGAACCGACAGAAGCACAAUGGGAGAGAAACGGAUGAUGAUGAAGACUAUGACGAACCUGAUCCCUUCAACUUCAUCGCACAAACAGCCGAGAUAGCCGAGAUAGCCAGGUUAAGCCAAACCUUGGUGAAAGAUGUCGCCAUCCUUGCUAGAGAGAUUCAUGAUGUCGCAGGUGACGGCGACUCCCAGAGUUCAUCAGGAACAGGACCAAGCACCUCCCUCAGCUCCGUACCCAACACCCCUGCUUCUACCAUCUCAGCAAGGGAAGAGCUGGUACAGCACAUUCCAGAAGCAAGUCUGAACUACCAGAAGGUGCCUCCCGGGUCAGUGGGAUUGAAGGAUUUUGAUCAAAAUAUGAACGACAAUAGGGAAGAAGAUCUCUCAAGAAAAACAAGAGCCAGAAACCGAGAGGAGGUAAUCUUUGACAACCUGAUGUUGAACCCGGUGUCACAAUUAUCCCACACGAUCCGUGAAAAUACAGAAAACCUGGCUGAAAAAAUGAAAAUUCUGUUUCAGAACAGCGAAAGAACCUGGGAGGAGAUGGAAGCCAAAAUUAACUCAGAGAAUGAAGUGCCAAUUUUAAAGACCUCGAACAAGGAAAUCAGUUCUAUCCUAAAAGAGCUAAGAAGAGUUCAGAAACAACUCGAAGUUAUAAAUGCUGUCAUUGACCCCAGUGGGAACUUGGAUGUAGUUGCCAUUAACAAAGCAUCCUCUGCUGCUACACAGUCUACAACCACUAAAGUCAGGACUGCUAGCCUUUCUGGCUCCACGUUGGAGGCUUUAGCACCAGUACAGAUGAGAAAUUACAUCCAGAAAUCAAACUGUGGAUCUAGCCUACAAGAUGCUAAUUUCAUUCCAGAUGGAGAGAAAUACGUGAUCUGAUACAUUAUUUUAUAUUGCUAUCAUAUGUAAUUUACUGUGGCGUUAGUUUUGUUGUCCGAGUGGUUGUGGACAAUUCGUAUGGAGCAGUUGUUUAGAUUGCUAACAGACUGCACGCGCACACACACGCACACAAUCUACGCUGUGUGAGUGAAUGGCAAGUCUAUGUAUUUCUUUUGAACAAGACUAGCACUGUGGAGCAGCACAUAUUCAGCAUAGAGGCAAACUCUGAUUUUUUUAGACUACAACUCACUUAAAUUCUUCCAGUGUGCCAUAAGAAACAGGUUUUGCAUUCCCUCCAUUGCUAUUGCUGAAGCUCUAAAGUGUUCUUGGAUUAGCCUGUGUAUUCUCAGUUAUUGGUAGUUCAGUGGUAACAAGGUUCUGUUUAAAAAAAGUGUACUUUUUUGAUUGUCACUAUAUUUUUGACUGCUUUUAAAAAUAGAGCAUUAUAAUUCUGUUGGAAUCAACUUUACUUGCAAUGUAAUGGUGCAUUAGAGUGGGUUUCUACAAGAAACACUAUUGUAGUUGUAUCAAAAUUGGUUUCCGUGUUUGCACAAAAAUAACAAACCACUUUGAAUCUAUGUGCAUCAUGCUUUCCGUACAAAACCUUUGUUUUUCCAUUGGGAAGGUGUAAAAUUUCUAAUGUAGUUCCAGAUUUUGAACAUAUUUCAGAUACAAAGCUUCAAAUAUACAGGUGUAGAUAAGCCUCAUAACUGAGGUCAGUUUUUAUAGUUGAGCUUGUCAAAUUCUCAUUAUUUCAGUGUAAUUGCAGUCUGAACACAUUUUUGGAAAAUGUAGUAAUAAUAAUAACCAGGGCUCGACAAACCGUGGCGAAAUCCACUCACCAGACCCGCACUGAGCAUGCGCACACCGCCAGUGAACGGGGCAACUGGCUGAAAUCUACUCACCACGGGCGAGUAGAUAAACGGAUUUGUCAAGCCCUCAUAAUAACAAUAAUCUUUCAUAUUGAGCUGCAAAUUCUCCUGAAUUGUCUGAAGAGCAAGUUGUCUGUGAUCAGCCAAUUGCUAAGAAAAGCAUCUAUUCCAUUUGUUCAUGUAAUAAACUUACACAGUGGCUGGGAACUAGUAUUCACUCUACAGCACUCAAAAAUAAUGGCUUAGAUGUGGCUCUACCUUUACGAAUAGUGUUGUCAUGAGAUUUUUCAUAUCCAAAUGUGCUCGUAUACACACCAUCCUGUUGUAUUUGUGAGAACCUACUCAGUAGUGUAAAGCAGCUGGCGUUACAAGGCAGCAUUGGUAUGACUCUUUUGGGGCUAUUAGAAUCUUAGGAACACUAAGGAUUAUUUUGCAGCAGCAUUGAGCAAUGUAUUGUGUACUGUAAAAUUAGCUUUUUAUGUCCCAUAUGUCAAGCGAGCUGCCAAAAUUCUAAACAAUUAAGGCUUUCUAAAAGAGUGUUUGAGGGCCUUUUUGGAGAGUCUAUUUGAUGUAUGGAGUGUGCAAACUGUAAAUCUGUCCCUGUUGCAUUAAUUCCUCUUGACUGAAAAACAGUGAAAAUAUAUCUGCAUAGUUUUGGGAAACACUCUUAUUGAUGGAAGUAAGCAAAUUAAAUUCUACUCAUACAGUGUAUAAUUUUGCUAAUGAAAAUAAGUUUCCCAAGCUUGAUUGCUCUUUAUGUACUGACUUUAUAUUUGGGGGGCAGAGGAGAUCCAUAAUGAGGACAGUUAAUUGACCUUUUCUCCUAGGAUUUUGCUAAUGUGUCAAUUACAUAAAGAUAAUUAAAUAACUCUGCUGCUCACACAGUGUUUAGUGUACUAGCAAAUGGCAGUAUUCUGCUUUAAAUGCCACCAGUGGGAGUUUUCCAUUGAUUUCAAUGGGCACAGUCCUAAAGGAAGAGUUUGCUGGUUGGCCGUGCUAUUGGGCCUUGUGAACAUGGGGGGAAAUAGUGUGGUUUUGCUAGCAAUAUAGCCAACAGAGAAUAUGGCUCAGUCACUACUGUAAAUUGGAGAGAUAAACCAAACUUAAAGUGAACACUGUGAUGAUGGAAUUAAAAUUUACCUUGUAGAAUAGCUAAGAACUUGGCCUUUAAAUUUCUCUGGACUGCCUAUUCUGUUAAUGCUGUCUGAUUGCUUGUUCCAGUGUAUUCUUUUGAAAUACUUGCCUGUGUCCUUAGUUAAGAUCAUAAAUAGUGGUAUGGCACCUUACACAUGGUAAUUAGUUUUCAAAAGUCUCCUUAGUUAGGGUCUGAUCUAGCAAGGUGCUGACUCCUAUUUAUCAGAAGUUGGAAAGUUUCAGCAACAUAAGGGAUCAGCCCAGUAGUUAGUUUUGCAGUAGACAAGUGUGUAUUUGAGUUGCUCCUCAAUAUCACAUCUUUUUAUUUGUUUUUACUUUUUACCACAUUUUCCCACCCUCGUGGCUAUGCUCUUUUAUUGGUUUUGUUUCUUGACAACAUAUCCUUGAUGUGAUUUCCGCUUACUUUCACCUGGAAACUUACUAGUUUCUCCUUUCAUGAAGUGACCCAUCAGAAAUGAAUUUUCUCCCUGUGCUGGUCCUCUGCUCUUGGUACCCAAAUAGCUUCAUUGUCAGUUGCAUAAGCCUAGAAAUAUGGUACCUUUUAGAAACAAUUGGAAAUAAAGCCGGAGUCAUGAAUCUCUAAAAGUUUUAGUCUGGGGGUGAGAAAAAGCAUAACCUGACUUUGUUUCACUUGGACUCAUUUGUUCAGUGCAAGAUAAAAUACACCUUUUUCUCAGCAUGAAUUUCUUAUUCUUUCAAGACUAUUUUAAUUGCAGUUCUAUUAUGUAAUCAUUUGGGUGCUGAAAUGUAACAUGAGUACAUAUGAGGUAUUUAACUAAUCUGAAGUAUACCUCAUUCUGCAUUUGUCUGUUAAAAUUAAGCCAAAGAGCAAGCCACAUGAUUAUAAACUAUCAGCCAAGGUUCAGUCUUAUAAGCAGUACUGUAUGUGACAAAAAAAAGUGUAUGUACAGCUCUGAUUUGAAUUUCACAACCAUUUAGGGUCUGAUCCAAUGGCUAUUAGAACCAAUGAAAAGAAACCUAUGGACUUCAAUGGUCAUUGGUUAAAUUUCACUGAGCUUAAAUGGUACUCCACUGACCCAGUUGUCAUCCAUACAGCAUAUUGUUUUUAUAUUUGUUGUAUUUACAUUGAACAAAAUUAGGCUAGCCUUUUCAAGGAGGCCUAAGGGGGUUCUGCACCCAAUUCUUACUGAAUGUCCCUGGGAAUGUUAACACCCUUAGGCACCUUUGAAAAUCUCAGCCCUAGUUCUUUUACUAUACUUGAAAACUGUGCUCUCAUUUUGAUUGUUUUUGAAUGUUAAAUUCUUCAGACUUCAUGAUGGAGUGAAUGUAAAUUCCUAGGAAAAUGCAUCAGUGCUUUGUGAGCAAGAGCCUAAGCGUGUCUACAGUACUGUCGUGUUGUGGUCAUGCUGUGAGUGUGAAUAAAGCCUCAGUCAUCCUUGAAUAUUUUAAUAAAGAAAAACGUUACAGAAUGUUUACAUACAGCCUACUGAAAAAAAGUGUUUAAAAUAUAUAAAUGCAAGAUUCUACUAGUUUUUUCUUCAUUUUUGCAGAUCACACUAGAUAUUUUUAAAAUUCAGCAAAUCUGUGUAAUGACUUUGCAAAAAAAUAAAAAGUUAACUACCUGUUUACUUUGGAUGUACCUUGUGCUGAAUUGUGCCUAUCUGACUAUCUGCUGUUGUUAAUGCUGCCGAUUCUGCUGUUCUAAACUCUUCACUGGAUCAUUCCAUUUGCAUGCAACACAAAUGCAAGCUGUCUGAGAAGCUGAAACACACUUGUAUGACUUGAAUUGAAUAAUGACUCUCACUUUUUCCCACACCCUCUUCUUGAAAUGUUGUGUAUAAUUUUUAUUCAUAUUUCUCCCACCGAAUUUCUUUCUCUUGUUUUUUGAAUGGUAAUUUAUUUUGUUUUGAUGAUACACAGUAUCUGUACAUUUUGUUCCAAGGUGAUAUUGUGGCUGUCUUUAAAAAUAAAUUGUUAUUUUAUAUAAUUUUAUCAUAAAAUUUCUCUAAUAAAUCAUUCUUUUAU